UGGAAAUUUACCAGUAUUUUCCUAUUUUUCCGCCGGACCGGGAGGUUACUGCGGACAAACGACGGUUAACCGGGAGGCGAACAUGAGGUUUUAUAUUUAUGUUGUUAUGCUCUUGUCACGUUUUUGACACGGGUACUGGUUUGUGUUUAUGAUCGGCUGGGAAUCAUGAGCAAAUCUAUCGCGGAUGCUCCGACCGUCUGGAAACUCCUGAACGGCGUACUCUGCGUCUACAAGCCUUCUGGAGAAACUGUUCAUAAAGUCAGGGGGACUUUACUUACAAAAUUAUGCGAAGAGCUGAAUCAAUUACAAUGCAGGCCACCAAGGCUGUACAAAGAGAUAGUUGUAAAUGAAAAGAAUGAGACAUCAGUUAUCGUACGACCAAGCUUUGCUGAUCAUCCGUUAGUUGUCGGUCCACGUUAUCAGCAAGAAGACUUCAGAUGUAAGUGGUCUACUUACCUCGGAAAAAACACUAGUGGUGUCUUAGUUCUAGGAUUAAAUAAUGGAACAAAGCAAGUGUAUGCAAUGCAUAAAAGAUAUCCAAUGAGAACAUACCACUUGAGCGGAUCGCUCGGCUAUAUGACUGACAACCUUUUUAAAGAUGGAAAGGUCAUUGAAAAAGAUACUUUCACACAUGUGAGGAGAGGUGGUUUGGAAAAAAUCCUUAUGAUGAUCCAAGCUUCUAAUCAAAGGCAGAUGUUCGAACUUUCAGGAGUCGACAUACAAAGCCAGGAAGCGUACGAACUGGCUUCGAGCGGAUUGAUAAGGCCUACAAAAUCAGAUGUGCCUGUUAUAUAUAACAUCAAAUGUGUAGAAUUUAACCCGCCUGAUUUCACAAUUGAAGUGAAUUCAAUAAAUGAGUACGAAGCUUAUCUAAUGGCUCUUAUACAAAACAUUGGGCUCCGACUUCAUUCUCUAGCAACAUGUACAAAAAUCCAAUGCAUCAAAUACUCAUAUUUCACAUUGGAUGACGCACUGUUGAAAAAACACUGGACCCUUCAGAACAUAAUUACAAGCCUUGGAAAUACUCAUCGAAAAAAUAGUGCUAAUGUCAUUAAAGAUCAUAAAAUUACAACUGUACAAAAUGAUGUUCGAAUUUAGAUUUUUUUGUUUCUGUGAUAACGAUCUUUUCAGGGAAUGAAAAUGUGUCAUAACAUUUACGUCUCUACUGUAUAAUAUAUAUGUAAGAUUUUAUGGUAAUAAUAAUUAAAAAAAA